AUGGAACACAUUGCGGCCAAUGCAUACAAGGAUUUUGGGACGCUAAAUGCGGAACGAUUUGUUCUGUUGGUUGUAACACAAAUACGUGUAGUUUGUUGGAUGGGUCUUGCUCCUGCAAACAAGGUUUUCAUGGAUCGACAUGUAAAACUCCGUGUUCUGAAAACUGCCGCACAGAUACAUGUGGACCUAACGGUGAAUGUGAAUGCAAUGCCGGAUUUUACGGAGUCACAUGCUAUGGAGAGUGUUUCGAGGCCUGUGAAGAGUGCACUGAUGCUACGAAAUGCUCCGUUUGUCGGCCUGGAAAAGACCGGUGAAAACGAUGAACAAAUCUCGGGGAAACCUGGUUCUCCUGUAGUGGCUAUUGGAGGAGCAGUAGGAGGUGUGGUGCUGUUGGCAAUUGUCAUAGUUAUGACUGUUAUCUUCUUGAGAAAGAGAGGAAACAGAAAGCCUUAUGAAGAUCGACAUGAAGAAACUGAUCAUGAAUACCACACAAUAGAGCCUUUGCAUGGAGUGAUGGAAGGUACUGCAAAAGCUAGUAUUGCACUUCCAACAUCCAACGCUAGUUACAACCACCAUGUAUCGGAUACAAUAACGCUCGACGGUGGCUUAGAAACAGCAACGGACGAUGAUGAUGAUCUAGAAAUUGGAUUAGACAUGGUUGACCAUGGCUUUCGAUUGAUAACUACCCAAGUGAAAUAUAAUAACCUUAGAAAACUGACCAAGAAGGUAGAGGAGAACGUUUACUACAUCGGUAUACAGGACAUAGAGAAACGGAAAGUGAAAGUGGAGGAACUGGCGGAUUUUGUGGCUGGAAAGACUCUGGAUUAUUAUGAGGAAGAAUUUGAUAAAUUCUCUGACGGCCUCACAAGGAGCUGUGGCGCUGCCAAACUACCUCAUAACAGGCAGAAGAACAGAUACAAGGGAUUAUAUGCAUAUGAUGCUACAAGGGUGAAAGUGGCUGGUUUUGAAACUGAUUACAUCAAUGCUAACUACAUCGAUGGUUUCAAAGAGAGAAAUGCGUAUAUUGCUUCGCUUGGUCCAAUGUCGAAACAGAUGGGCGACUUUGCUAUGUUCUGGAAUAUGAUUUGGCAACAGAAGGUGGAGAAGAUCGUCAUGGUUACGAACUUGAUGGAGGAAGGGAAAGAAAAAUGCGAGCAGUACUGGCCCAAUAUUGGGAUCACUAUAAACUACAGCGGGGUGAUGGUUACCUGUCAGAGCGACAAUGAGUAUGCAGAUUUCACGAGAAGGUUGCUGCUCUUAAAUGAUGGAAAAUCUGAGAGGCAGCUGCACCACUUCCACUUCAAGGCUUGGCCUGAUAGGGGAAUUCCAGAGGACGUUACAGCGCUGAUUGAGUUCCGACAUAGAGUGAUCCAUUCUCCUGCCCAUCUCGGAGGUCCAACGCUGGUCCAUUGCAGUGCGGGAAUCGGUCGAACAGGGACAUAUAUUGCGUUAGAUAUUCUAACAAAGGAAGGUAAUUCGAACAAGGCCGUUGAGAUUCCAGGAUGCAUCAUCAAUAUGAGACAGAACAGGCCAAACAUGGUCCAGACUGCGGAACAGUACGAGUUUCUACACCUUGCCCUGGUUCACACCCUGACCUUAAACAGUGAGCAGAUACCACGAAAACAGUUCCAGAACUACAUGAUCGAGACCAACAAGGACGAUCUUAUCACGCAGUUUAAGAAAAUAACGGACACUCCCCCCCACGUUCACACUGACGAUGAAAUCGUUGCUAUAGAACGAAACAAGUCUGAGAAAGUAAGGAACAGAAGUGGAGCAGAUAUUCCAGGCGAUGAAAACCGCCCUCGACUUUAUCUAGGCGUAAGACAUGGAGCUUCAGACUAUGUCAACGCUGUCUUUGUUCAUGCGUUUCAGGCGAAUCGGAAAUACAUUCUCGCCCAGUCUCCGAUGCCAAAUACUGUACAGGACUUCCUUACUUUGGCAUACCAAGAAAAUUGCUCCUGCAUUGUCAGCUUUGAGCAUAGUGACGGCACAAAGGAUAUGGGUGAAUAUUAUCCAGCGGACAAUCAAGUGCUCAAGAAAGGUCAACUGUCUGUUGCAUGUGGUAGGGAUAAGGUCGCGAACGAGUAUAGUAUCCAGAAAGGACUAACUAUUGAGUUCAUGGGAAGCACACAGAGUGAAGGUGGCAAGAGCACAUUGCGACACUUUGAGUUUACAGACUGGAACCAGACUGGAAAUGUUCCAUGCAGCACUGCUAACUAUGUCGCAUUUCUGAAAGAUGUCAAAAUGGCAUCGUCCAACGGGCCUGUUCUUGUCCACUGCAGGGAUGGAGGUAGUAAGAGCGGGCUGUUCUGUGUUAUGGCAUUCCUCUUGGAGAAGAUGGCAGUAGAGCACGAGGUCAGUGUGGUUAACGCCGUCAGGAAGGUCAAGGCCAGGAGACCAAACGCCGUUCCCAAUCAGGCACAGUUCGACUUCUGCCAUGAUUGUGUUCUGGAGUUCGUCCGUUCGGUCAAAACAUACUCCAAUUUCGGCGGAAAUAUAUGAUGCGCCUUUAAAACAUUACUUAACCAUCUUGACUCCUAUGCUUUCAAAUAAUUUACAUAGGUAAUCAUUUGAAAGAAAACAUUAACUAAUAUAUGUCGCUUUUAAUGUUAAUGUUUACAUUAUUUGUUCCCAGUUUUAGAACAAUGAUGCUUUUUAUUAUGAAACUCUAUGGACACACAGUUUUAAACAUGUUAUUUUCUAAGGCAGACUGUGUGUGAUGUUCAUGGUUUCAAACAAUGACUGCAUCGUAUUUUUAAAAAAAAUGCAUUCGGUACUCUGAAUUGUAUUCCUCCGUUUCAGAUAGAGUUGGGAUCUCUAAUCAUUGAAGUACUCGGGGUUUACCUUUAUUAGUUUAUUAUUAUUUGUUUUAUUAUUAAGUUUCCUCAAGUUAAUGUAUGCUUUGAUAAGAUUUACCUUUUACGAUGUUUUUCUUUAUUGAGGAUGGGUGGGAUAAGAGUGAGGUUUGUGCACGUACACUGGUUUAAGCCCCGAGUAAAUUUACAUUUAACUGACCUUUCCAAGGCGGUACCUAACAAUCCUUUAUAAACACACCUAGUUUUUUAAAAAAGUAUAUAUACCCUGCUGUUUGUAGAGUUUUGUGCUGUUGAUCGAUGUUUCUUGUUUGUGUUUUUUUUUUUGUAAUCUUUGUCUUUGACGUUUAUCCUGUGCCAUUAAACGGGGAUUAUGUUAAAACUUUUGGCUACUGAGCUUGUUUCUGUAGUUUUUCAGAUAAGUCCUCAUCAUGUCGUCACUUUGAUAUAUAUAUUUGUUUAUCUGAUAUUGCAUACCAUUAUAUUAUACAUUGGGCACUUGAAGUUAAGCGUUUCCCACGAAAACAUAUUACCCAAAGUUCAAUCAGUCAAUACACUUAUUAGGGCGUUCUUUAAAAUAUACAAUUCCAACUGUUAGUUGGGGCUACCACCUCAGCCGCCACUUAUUCCUGAACUAAAAUGUUUUUUAUCAACUCUGUACAAACGGGGACAGCUGAAAUGGUAUCUUCUCAAAAUACUUAUGUGAACAUACGUUUUGCAUAUCUAGUUAUAUCUACACGUUUAUUAGCUAUAACUAUGAUGUACUUAUGUAAAAUCAAACAAAUUGCUUCGUUUUAUAUCAUAUGAACGCUUCGUAUUUGGA